AUGAAAUUUCCGACAGAGAAUCCAAGAAAACCAGGGAACAUAAACCCUCCACCAGUGGAAGUACAAACCAACCUGGUCCCCCCGAAGAAGGUGCAGCCAGGCAUGCUGCAGUCCAGCCUGGUGCACGCCAGCUUGGCCACCAUGCAGAACCCGAUGGGUUGCGCAGUGCCGAGGCUUUCUGUUUCAUCCCGCCCUGCCAGCAUGGUGGUUAGCAUGGAGGCAUUGGCUGAUGGCUCAGCCCCAUUCACCAUGAUGAAGCUGAAGACGGUGCUGGCUGUGUUCGUGGUGGUGGUGGCCUACUUGGUGGCAGGCGGCCUGGUGUUUCAAGCUCUGGAGCAACCCUUUGAAAACAACCAGAAGAUCACCAUCACAGCAGAGAAAGCAUCCUUCCUGCAGAAACACUUAUGUGUUUCCCCAGAUGAGCUGGAGGCUAUCAUCAAGCACUCUGUGGAGGCUGUGAAUGCCGGAGUGAGUCCCAUUGGUGACACGUCCUACAACUCCAGUCACUGGGAUCUGGGAAGUGCCUUCUUCUUCGCUGGAACUGUCAUCACAACCAUCGGUUAUGGUAACAUUGCCCCAAGCACUGAGGGAGGGAAGAUCUUUUGCAUUCUGUAUGCAAUAUUUGGCAUCCCACUGUUUGGAUUCCUGCUGGCCGGGGUUGGGGACCAGCUCGGCACCAUAUUUGUCAAAAGCAUUGCCAAGGUGGAGAAGAUGUUCCGGAAUAAACACAACCAGAUCAGUCAGACUAAAAUCCGUGUGACCUCCACCCUACUCUUCAUCCUGGCUGGUUGCAUCCUUUUCGUCACCAUCCCUGCAGUGAUCUUCAAACACAUUGAGGGCUGGACGGCAUUGGAGUCCACAUACUUUGUGGUCAUUACUCUGACAACAGUUGGAAUAGGAGACUAUGUGGCAGGGGGAGACCGGAGGAUUGAAUACCGGAAGUGGUACAGACCACUGGUGUGGUUCUGGAUCCUGGGGGGUUUAGCUUACUUUGCUGCAGUGCUGAACAUGAUUGGUGACUGGCUGAGGGUACUGUCCAAAAAGACAAAAGAAGAGGUUGGAGAGAUCAAGGCUCACGCAGCAGAGUGGAAAGCAAAUGUGCGAGCAGAGUUCCGGGAGACGCGUCGACGUAUGAGUGUGGAGGUCCAUGACAAGCUGCAGCGAGCCGCCACCAUCCGAAGCAUGGAGAGACGUCAGUUGGGCCUAGACCAGCGUGCGGUGUCUCUGGACAUGCUUUCCCCAGAGCGCCGUGCUAUCUUUAACAGUCUGGACACCAACACCUAUAAAACUUCUUCGCAGGAGAGCAUUGACACCAAGCUGAACAACCUCCGGUUACGCGGAGCCGAGCACCACCAAACCACAUCCGAGGACAACAUUUUCAACCGCCUGGGCUCUGUCACAAAGCUGGCCAAGCGCAACAGGAAUCGUGACCUGAAGAAGAACAUCCCAGACGAGGCUCGCCGGCCUCACAGUGAGGCCUAUGGCUGCAGCACACCCACCUUUGACUGCAGCAUACCCUUUGCAGAUGAAGGAAUAGGGAAGGACGAAGGAGAGGAUGAAAAUGAAGACAAGGAGUGCAAUACUAGCUUGUCAGAUUUUCCACUGUUUGUGGAAGUUUGUAAGCCACAGAAUGGGUUUAUAUCAGAGCAGACCAAAGAGAAUGAAACACUUGAAGCAAAAGAGUUGCUUACUGAAAUGGGCCCAUAG